ACCUCUCCACUCCCAUGCAUGCCGGCUCUUCUUCUUCCUCCUUUUUCUUCUGGGUUCCCCUGCUUUUGCCCUGCGAUCUCGAGGCUCCUGCUCAGUCGUGCCGCCAUUCUUUGGGGUAGCCUGGUUUGGUUCUUGGGCCCUCGGAACUGUGUCUUCUUCCUCGGUCCCCGCGAAAGCUGUUUCCUCCCCUCCCGCUUCUUUAUCCCUUUGCCAUUUUCAGCUUUCUAAUCGAGCGCGUUUUACUCCAAACCAUCCAUCCCCCCUACUCUGAUUUUCGGUGCCCUUUUCGCGCAUUUUCGAGACGAUUCAGCUGCAUCUUCAGUCGCCGGGCUCCUUGCUCUGUUCAAAGGCGAGACGAGGGGACGAAUCUUGGUUCCCAAAUCCCAAUGGCCUCCUGCGCUUAACAAAGGAGGAGCCGGAGGAGGCGGCAAGAAUCCUGGGACUGGGAGGCGGCAAGAAUCCUGGGACUGGGAGGCUGCAAUGCCGAGGCGGGAUGCGGAGGAGGGAGCUGCCGGCGACAAGGCUGCCGCGGCGGCGGCGGUGAGGCUGGCCAACAAGAUCCGGAAGCGCCGCGCGGUGUCGUCGUCGGGGGCCUCGGACCCGGCCGCCGGGAGGAGGCAGCGGUCCAGGCGCCCAGCCGUGCUGCUGCCGCAGCGCCGGGCCGGCGCGGGCGGGCACAUGUCGGAGUCGUCCCGGAGCCGGCAUUGCCGUGGCGGCGCCGUCGGCACGUCGGCAAGGAGGCUCGUCGACGCGUUCUGGCAGGAUAUGGACAAGGGUAUGCUGCUUGAAGCGGACGCCGCGGCGGCGCGCCGGAGCUUGGUUCCCUGGGGCGGCGCGUCGACGGAGAUGUCAAAGAGGUCAAGAAGCCGGAGCAAGAUUUUGGAGGCGGAUGGCAAGGGAAGCAGGCGCAACGGGCAUGGCCGGUGGAUUUCGGCGGAUAUGACGAGCAUUGGCAGUGCGAUUGAGGUUGGUACAUGCUCCCAAGAUGAUGUUUCAAGAUGUCCUGAGGAGAAAACAUUCAACCUGCAGGAUCUGCACAACAGCUUGAUUGCAUCUAAAGAACUUGUCAAAGUACUAGCCCACAUCUGGGGACCUGGAGAAAUGAAUCCGUCAACUGUCUCGCUCAUUUCCGCACUGCGUUCUGAGCUUGAUGUUGCUCGUGCUCAUGUAAGGAGGUUUAUCAGAGAACAAAAAUCAGAUGCCCACGAAACUGAGGGCUUAAAAAAGCAACUUACAGAAGAAAUGGAAUCUUGGAAGGUGAAGCAAAAGGAGAAGGUUGCAAAUGCUCUCCAGUUCAUAGUUUCGGAGCUGGACAGUGAGAAGAAGUCAAGGAAAAGAGCAGAGAAGGCAAACAAGAAGCUAAGCAUUGCCUUAGCCAACAAUGAAGCCUCGCUGCAGGCAGCAACAAAAGAACUCGAAAGGGAAAAGAAAUCUAGAGGAAGAGUUGAGAAGAUCUGCAGCGAGCUCAUCAGAGGCAUCGACCAGGACAAGGCUGAGGUGGAGGCGCUGAAGAGAGAAACUGAGAAGGGACAAGAAGAGCUUCAGAAAGAACGUGAGAUGCUUCAGCUUGCGGAUGAGUGGCGCGAACAGAGAGUUCAGAUGAAGCUGCUGGAAGCACGGCUACAGUUUGAGGAGAAGAAUGCAGCUGUUAAUCAGCUGCGCGACGAACUCCAAGUGUAUCUGGAUACUAGGAAAGACCAGAAACUAACUAAUGAUCCAAUGCAAUUGUACCAUGCAUCUGAAACUGGCGCAGCUGCAGCUAAUGCAGUUGCUUGCAGAAAUGGUGGUGGCUGCAGCGAUGACAGCCAAGACGAUGCAUCAGAAGGCAGUGACAUGCACUCGAUUGAGCUGAAUGUUGACGGCAUCAGCAAGACCUACACAUGGAGCUAUACUCCUUCCUCAAAAGGCAGGCAGAGGCAUGAAUCCUUUUCAGAUAGAGGGAUGGAUGGUGCCAAUUCAUGCCGCUUAGAGCGAAGCUUUCGGGACCUGGAUGAAGAAUUGGAGGGAGACUGGGCAGAAGGGUGUAGCAACGGGAUCCUGAACUUUGAGCAUGAUGAGGAGAGAUAUCAAGCCAUCAAGAAUCUAAGGGAGCAGAUGCUGGCUGGGUCAGGGUUCAUCCUGUCGCAGGGAAGAGAAAAUGCUGAAAGGAAGUACUGUGGCUUGUAAGAUAAAUUAAAAUGGAACACGAAUUUAAAUGCGUUGUCAUAUGGAUCACUAUUUAUUGCUAGAUCGAAGUGUUCAAGAAGACAAACAUAUAUAUAUAGUCAAUGUUCUCCUAUGUGGAUGAGUUUCCUCUGGUAAAUGCUUGAGCUCUUGAAAGUUGGGGUUAUAGGGCUGGUGUAUUCAUGUUCA